AUGCCCGGUCACGCAUCCAACUGCAACCGCUGGGACAAGGUUCGUUCCGGUGACCAGUGUGACACACUUGCCGGCCGGAAUGGUGUUUCGGUCGCCCAGCUUCGCAGCCGGAACACACAAAUCAACGCACAGUGCAACAAUCUGUGGCUCGACUACUACGUCUGCGUUGGCAUUCCAGGCGUAACUCCAUCUCCAACGACAAGCACACCCACGUCUGACCCGACCCCCACAGUUUCCCCAGUCAUGCCUGGCUACGCAUCCAACUGCAACCGCUGGUACAAGGUUCGUUCCGGGGACCAGUGCGAUACCAUUGCCAGCCGUAACGGUAUCACCAUAGCCCAGAUCCGUACUUGGAAUAGCCAGGUCAACGCUGGUAAGUUGAGCCUUCUUCCAUACAUCUGUCUGCGCUGCACCAAUCUCUGGCUCGACUACUACAUUUGCAUUGGCGUCCCUGUCACCGCACCGUCUCCGCUCAUGCCUGGCACCGCUGGUACCUGUAACCGUUGGCACUUGGUUGCAUCUGGGGACCAGUGCGACAACAUCGCCUCGAGAAACGGCAUCACCGUGGCCCAGUUUAGGUCUUGGAACACGCAGGUCAAUGCCGGUAAGUCUACCCAUUUGUCUCGUCGACGACAGACCCCUACUCCAGUGCUGACAUGA